GCUCCCCGGGCCCGCCCCGACCGCGCCCCCUGGGUUCGGCCCCGGCGGGGGGCCCCCAAAGCCUCCUCUGCCUUGUCCGUCGUGCGGUCGCCCGGGUCCUGCUCCGCCACGUGCUCCCAGUCCCCUCCGAAAUCCGCCGUGACCGUCAGGGGAGCCCUAGUGUCAGCCCGCGUCCCCUUCGCCCCAUCGGGGUCCCCCAUGCACAUGUCCCACUGCUCACUUAUCAAAGGCUCCCAGUGCUGCAGCUCCAGGCGGGCACGGAAAUCUGGAAAACAGUUUGUGGCAUUAUUUAAAAGAAGGGACCUUUCUUUUGUCCCAGCUCGGCUACCCAGGGAAUCCCUCUGUCCCCACCACUCUCGCACACAGACACCAGGCAGCAGCCAGCACCUUAAACCGGCGCAAAUGCCAUGUUCAUUUAGGCCUGGUCUACACUAUGACUUUAAUUUGGAUUUAGCAGCGUUAAAUCAAAUUAACCUUGCACCCGUCCACACAAUGGAGCCAUUUAUUUCGAAAUAAAGGGCUCUUAAAAUCGAUUUCUGUACUCCACCCCGACGAGCGGAGUAGCGCCAAAAUCGAUUUUGUCAAUUCGAAUUAGGAUUAGUGUGGCCGCAAUUCGAUGGUAUUGGCCUCCGAGAGCUGUCCCAGAGUGCACCAUUGUGACCGCUCUGGACAGCAAUCUGAACUCGCAUGCACUGGCCAGGUAGACAGGAAAAGCCCCAGGAAAAUUUGAAUUUCAUUUCCUGUUUGCCCAGCGUGGAGAGCACAGGUGACCACAGAUAGCUCAGCUCAUCAGCACAGGUAACUAUUCAGGCCAAUAAUCGAAAAAGAGCACCAGCAUGGACCGUACGGGAGGUACUGGAUCUGAUCGCUAUAUGGGGAGAGGCUUCAGUGCUAGCAGAAUUUCGUUCGAAAAGACGAAAUGCCAAAACUUUUGAAAAAAUCUCCAAGGGCAUGAUGGAGAGAGGCCACAAUAGGGACUCAGAUCAGUGCCGCGUGAAAGUCAAGGAGCUCAGACAAGCCUAUCAAAAAACAAAGGAGGCAAACGGUCGCUCCGGGUCAGAGCCAUGGACACGCCGCUUCUACGCCGAGCUGCAUGCAAUUCUAGGGGGGGCCGCCACCACUACCCCACCUGUGACCGUGGAUUCCGGGUUGGGGAUAGUCUCAUCAGCUACACAUGAGGAUUCUGCGGAUGGGGAAGAGGAGGAGGAGGACGAGCUUGCAGAGAGCACCCAGCACUCCGUUCUCCCCAACAGCCAGGAUCUUUUUCUCAGCCUGACUGAAGUACCCUCCCAACCCUCCCAAGCCAGUAUCCAAGACCACGACCCCAUGGAAGGGACCUCAGCAGCUGCAAAUUUUUCAAGCCUCCCUCCUCCGUCCCGAAGGCUAUCUCAGAUAAGGCAUCGGAAAAAGAGGACGCGAGAUGAGAUGUUCGCGGAAAUAAUGGAAUGCACCCGCAAUGAAGGAGCUCAUUUGAAUGAGUGGAAGGACACUGUAUCUAAAUUUAGGAAAGAUGCCAGUGAACGUGAGGUCAUGAGGGACGCUCGAGAUGAGAGGUGGCAGGCUGCAACGCUGGGGCUGCUGCGUGAGCAAACGGACGUGCUCCGGCGUCUGGUGGAGCUUCAGGAACGGCAGCAGGAUGACAGAGUGCCGCUACAGCCGCUGUAUAACUUCCCUCCCCCCUCACCAUGUUCCAUAUCCUUCUCACCCAGACGUGUAAGAACGCGGGGGGGGGAGGCUCCGUGCACCCUCCCACUCCACCCCAGUGGACAGCCCAACCAAAAGGCUGUCAUUAUAUUGAAUUUGUUCAGUGGUCUUUUACUUCCCUCCUAUCCUCCUCCCAAACCUCACCCAGAUUACCUUGUUGGUUCUCUCCCUAUGUUUAUAAUCACUUAAUAAAGAAUACAUGAUUUUUGAAUGA